CGGACUUGAUCAGAAGCCUGGAGAGGCUUGCCACACCUGGGACACAUGCACUCUAAGGAGGCCGCUCCCAUUCCGCUCCCGACUCCCACCACCCCAAAGGGCUCUACCCCCAGCCUGGGGCCAGCUCGCCGAGUCCAGGCUCUACAAGCCAGCUGCGACUCUUGGACACUUUCUUCUUUCACUUUUCUUUUUAGCACCAGAGAAGCUUGUUUCUCUUGGCUCUUGGGGAAGACCUGUUGACCCUGAAAGGCGGAGGGCGGGCUUCGGCGCAGAGCCGUGCAAUGCUUUGGCUGGGAGUGAUCCUGGCUGUCACGUUUUUUCUGCUCCAGCCGCGGCUCUUGCCCGCGACCUCACCGCACCCCAGAACCUGCUUGCAAGCCGGGACCCUAUGGAGGGGGCUUCCAUUCUAAUGGGUAGCUAGAAUGGAAAGGACUGAGCACACUCACAGCAGUAUUGUUUGGAAGUGGCCUGCCAUGCCAGUCUGGUUCUAGCUAAGAGAAAGUGAAAAUUCACCAGAGUCCAAGAGCAGAGUCCAAAGUCCAAAGCAGAGAAAGUGGAAUCCACGAAGAAUCCAAUUCCUGAUGCAGCCGUCUGGCUCCAUGGAGUGAGGUUGCAGCAUCAUGCACCAUGCUGGUGAUGUCACGGGCACCACGAAAGAAAAGAGCAUACAGCCGGUCUAUUAGGGGUAGGAAAUCAAACUUAAGAAGCACACAGAUCCAGUACUAUCUGUGCCUCAUUUUAAAUAGCCAUUUUUUCAGUUUUUUGACUGAAGUUGGAACACAUUUCGUCAUCCUCAGCUGUAUCAGUGCCCAUCUACCUAAAACUGAAGCUUCUCACUGGCAGGAUGUCAUAAAGGAUUUGAAGCACAUUCAAUUUCUCAUCCAAUCCUUAGAUAUUGACGCCACUCUGUAUACUGAAAGUAAUGCCCAUCCAAGUUGCAAAAUCACCGCGAUGAGGUGCUUUCUUCUGGAGCUUCGUGUGAUUUCCUACGAAUGCAAUAAUACCAGGCUCAGUGAAACAGUAGAAAAUGUCAUCCUCAUUGCCAAUACCACAUUAUCAUCAGACAGGAACAUCGCAGAAUCAGGAUGCAAAGAAUGUGAGGAACUGGAGGAAAAAAAUGUUGGAGAAUUUUUACAGAGCUUCAUACACAUAGUCCAGUCAUUUAUUGGCACCUCCUAAUGUCAUUUACUGCCUCUUCAUUGCUUCUGUCAGUGAAAACAUUCUGUACGAACUCCUGGGGCAAGGAUUCAUCUCCACCAGCCACCAGAAUUUGUCUAUCAAGAUAAUGAUCAAGACUACAGAAUUAAUUCACAUCACAGAACAAAGACAGAAAAGGAACCAAGUGUUUUGUGAUCUCUUUGUCAUUUUGUUUUUAAUUUAUUAUUGAAACUCUCCUAAAUGACAUGGGAUGGGAAACCAAGGCCUUUUUGCCCUGAAUCAGGUCUUACAUUUAAAGAAUAGACGUAUUUGAACAAGAUCUUUAGAAAGAGACGAAAUAGGAACAGCUAGGUGGUGCAGUAGAUAAAGAGAACCAUUCUCAGAGUCAGGAGGAUCUGAGUUCAAAUGUGACCUC